CCGGAAGUUACACAAACGAAUCUAAAGUCGCCGCGGCUCUGUUAAUAUUGGCGGGAGCCGGGCGGGGGACCUGUCUGGUGCCCUCGGCUGUGCGGUCCGGGCUGCGGGUGAUCGAGGGCGUUGCGGUAGAGUUCCGCGGCCCGACGGCACGAUGCGGGUGGCUGUGGCCGGCUGCUGCCAUGGCGAGCUGGACAAGAUCUACGAGACCCUGGCGCUGGCGGAGCAGCGCGGCCCGGGACCGGUGGAUCUCCUUCUGUGCUGCGGCGACUUCCAGGCGGUGCGCAACGAGGCCGACCUGCGCUGCAUGGCCGUACCGCCCAAGUACCGCCACAUGCAGACCUUCUACAGAUAUUACUCUGGAGAGAAAAAGGCCCCGGUUCUCACCAUCUUCAUUGGAGGAAACCAUGAAGCCUCAAACCAUUUGCAAGAGUUACCCUAUGGUGGCUGGGUAGCACCAAAUAUUUACUAUUUAGGUUUGGCUGGUGUAGUAAAAUACCGAGGUAUAAGGAUUGGUGGAAUCUCUGGCAUCUUUAAAUCCCAUGACUAUCGAAAAGGUCAUUUUGAGCGCCCCCCUUAUGAUUCAUCUACCAUAAGGAGUAUAUAUCAUGUGAGAAAUAUAGAGGUCUACAAGUUAAAACAGUUGAAGCAGCCUGUAGAUAUAUUCUUAUCUCAUGACUGGCCAAGAAGUAUAUAUCAUUAUGGAAAUAAGAAGCAGCUUCUUAAGACCAAAUCUUUUUUCCGCCAAGAAGUGGAAAAUAACACGCUAGGGAGCCCUGCUGCCUCGGAGCUGUUAGAGCACCUGAAGCCUGCGUACUGGUUUUCUGCACAUCUUCAUGUGAAAUUUGCAGCCUUGAUGCAGCAUCAGGCCACAGAUAAAGAACAAGCAGGCAAAGCAACCAAGUUUUUAGCUUUGGACAAAUGUUUACCACACAGAGACUUUCUUCAGGUGUUAGAAGUAGAACAUGACCCCAGUGCUCCUGAGUACUUAGAGUAUGACGUUGAAUGGCUUACUGUUCUCAGGGCCACUGAUGACCUGAUCAAUGUGACCCGGAACCUAUGGAAUAUGCCUGAAAAUAAUGGUCUGCAUACAAGGUGGGAUUAUAGUGCAACAGAAGAAGCUAUGAAAGAAGUAAUGGAAAAGCUGAACCAUGACCCCAAAGUCCCCUGUAACUUCAGCAUGACAGCUGCUUGUUAUGACCCUAGUAAGCCACAGACGCAAGUGCAGCUGGUUCACAGGAUCAAUCCGCAGACGACGGAAUUCUGUGCCCAGCUGGGCAUCACAGACAUUAACGUCAUACUUCAGAAGGUCAAGGACAAGCGUUAUCUGUUUGGUGAAUAUGAAGAGCAGGGUGAUCUGGGAACCGAUGACUCUGAAGAAGACCGGAGUGAAUACAACACAGACACAUCUGCCAUGUCCUCCAUUAAUCCAGAUGAAAUCAUGCUGGAUGAUGAGGAGGAGGAAGUUGUAAGUGCUUGCAGUGACAUGAAUACACCUUCUGUAGAACCUUCUUCCGAUCAAGCUUCUGACUUGUCCACAAGCUUUUCCGACGUCAGGAACUUGCCAAGCUCCAUGUUCGUGUCUUCUGAUGAUCCGUCCCAUUCUCCGACUGGUAGGGAGGGGAAACCUGGGGAGACUGUGCAGUCUGGGGAUGAAAAGGACUUAACUGAGUUUCCAUUGAAGAGGCUGAGUAAUGAACAUGAGCCUGAGCAAAGAAAGAAAAUUAAGAGGAGGAAUCAAGCCAUUUAUGCUGCAGCAGACGACGAUGAUAACGAUGAAGACAGGGACUUGUCUUAGUGAUGUAUGUAGUAGGUGAUUUCAAGACCCUGUUUUUAGGGUUGAAUUGUUGAUUUAUUACUGGACUUUGUAAUAAUGAAAUGAUGGAAUUUUAGUUCUCUAUCAACUUUGUUUUUAGGUGUAUGUUUCAGAUAUAAACUUAUUAAAAUUUCAUAUGAAAUUUGGUUGAUGACCAUUUUUUGAAGACAUUCACUUCCAUUUUUGUCAGCACUUGCUGCAUUUGAACUUCGAGAAACUGUUCUCUAAGAAGGGACUAUGAAGAUAAACUAAGAUGGAUUUUGUAAAUGUUUGGAUGCAUAAAGCGCCACUUAAUUGCUGAAAUUAAUAUCCUGUUGGCUUGUGUAUUAUGUUUUAGCCUAAAUUUUUAUGUAACUGGUAGCUGUAUUAAAAGUUAUCUUGGCCCGGUGCAGUUUAAUAUUAA